UGUAAAAUUAUUUCAAAUUCAGAAAUUUUUGUUUCAAAAUGCCUACAUUAUUUCAAAUUUAGAAAUGCUUACAUUUGUGUACUGAUGUACAUAGAGAAGGGUGUAAAGAAUAAAUGAUGUGUUAAUGAUUAAUCUAAGUUAAAUGUUGAUAUUGUUUCAAAAAUAUUGUUUUAGCAAAGUAUUAAGUGAGGAGUAAGUGAAUAAAACAGUCUAAAAUGUGAAGUAUCAGAAGGAAGUCAUGGUAUCUUAAAUCCAAAACAAAUAACAAGAAUAUAUAACCACCUCUCCUUCCUCCCCUCCUCCAAAUCCCCAAGAGCUGGGAAGAGGGGUAAGUAAAGGGAAGCAACUGAGUAGUCACCACUAUUGUUCUGGGUAUGCUUUCUUGUUUUCAGAAGACAUUUGUACUGCAAAUGAUGUCUAGCAGUAGUUAGUGUGGACUCUCGGAUAUUCCUGUGGCUUGCCUGCUCUCUGUGGUUCCAGAGAUGCCCAAAGGGGCAGUUUCUAGCUGUAGAAGUCUGAAAGCCUGUUUGCUAUAGAGGUGUCCAAGAAGUUUUGAUCUGCAUAUUCAAGUAACGUGAAAUAACUUUGUUACAUUGAUUGAAAAGAAUUUGACUAGCAAAAAACAGAGUGAGAAUAUUAAGUUUUGGAAGGAACCUUCUUAAAAUAUUUAUGUUCAUAAAUUGUAUCAGUACAUAUGAAUUUUAAUUGUAAAUUAAAAUUAUUCCUAUUUAUAUACAUUUUAGCCUGAAGAAAGACAAGUGAGUAUUGAAUAUAACCUGAUGUAAUUUGAUUUUCAGAUGAGCAAGAGGAUGAAGAUGCCAUCGUUAACAGAAUAUCGUUUGUGGAAUCUUGCCUCUCUUUUUUCAAAUCUAUGUUUGUUUGUGUUGAUGCCCUUUGCGUUUUUCUUCCUGGAAUCAGAAGGAUUUGCUGGCUUAAAAAAGGGCAUCAGAGCACGGAUUUUGGAAACCCUUGUAAUGCUCAUUCUUCUUGCACUGCUUAUCCUUGGAAUCGUAUGGGUGGCUUCAGCACUCAUAGACAAUGAUGCUGCCAGUAUGGAGUCUUUAUAUGACCUCUGGGAAUUCUACCUCCCUUAUUUAUAUUCUUGUAUAUCACUGAUGGGAUGCUUGUUACUUCUGUUGUGCACGCCAGUGGGGCUGUCGCGGAUGUUUACAGUAAUGGGUCAGUUGCUGGUGAAGCCGACAAUCCUGGAAGACCUAGAUGAGCAGAUGUAUAUCAUCACUUUAGAGGAAGAAGCAAUUCAGAGGAAGCUUAAUGGUGUAUCUUCCACAGUGGAAUACCAGACGGUAGAGUUGGAACGUGAGCUUGAAAAAGUGAAAAGCAAGAAAACAAAUCUAGAACGGAGGAAAAAAGCUUCUGCUUGGGAAAGGAAUUUAGUUUAUCCAGCUGUCAUGAUAUUGCUCCUGAUUCAGACAUCCUUUUCAGUUCUUUUAGUCGCUCUCAACAUUCUUUACCUGUUGGUUGAUGAGACUGCAAUGCCAAAGGGAUCAGGGGGACCUGGAAUAGGAAAUGCCUCCUUAUCCACCUUUGGCUUUGUGGGAGCAGCACUUGAAAUCAUUUUGAUUUUCUAUCUUAUGGUAUCUUCUGUCGUCGGCUUCUACAGUCUUCGUUUUUUUGAGAAUUUCACUCCCAGGAAGGAUGACACAACUAUGACAAAGAUAAUUGGAAACUGUGUCUCAAUCUUGGUGCUGAGCUCUGCUUUGCCAGUGAUGUCAAGGACACUGGGAAUCACCAGAUUCGAUCUCCUUGGAGACUUUGGAAGGUUCAACUGGCUGGGGAACUUCUAUAUUGUGUUAUCUUACAACUUGCUCUUUGCUAUCAUGACAACGUUGUGUCUGGUCAGAAAGUUCACUUCUGCUGUGCGAGAAGAGCUCCUGAAGGCAUUAGGAUUAGAUAAACUUCAUCUAUCAAACAAUCCAAGAGACUCGGAGACAAAGCCUUCUGCAAACGGCCAUCAGAAAACACUGUGAUAACAAUCACCUGCAAUCAGCAGAGCUGAAAACAUCAACCUCAUGGCAUUCCUGUCAUCUCAUCAGCAUUUUUAUAUUGCUUUUAGUUGUUAGUUUGGGUCAAGCCUUGUCUCAUUUUGCUGUAUGCUUCUGAGGAAGUUAGGUGUGUCAGAUUCUUCUCUUUCCAGUGAACUUUUGGUCUGCUUGUUUAUUUCCCAGUAAGUUAAUGCAGGAGGUGCCUUGAAGACUGGAAGCUGAAGAGAAAAAUGCAUUCCUUUUUAUUUGUUGAACGUCUCACAUCUUUAUUUUUAAACUUUCUACCAUUUGAAUGCACAGUACCUCCUGUGUUACCCAAACACAGCUAUAAAGAAUAACUUUGGGACUUGAUUUAAAAACAAAAAGAAGAAAACAUACACUUGAAGGCCAAUAUGACCCUUGCUGGAAAUGUAAAGUACCUGGAGUAGGUAUUUGUGACAGGAGAUAAACAGCUCUACUGAGAGUGAGUUAAAAAGGACAGGAGAGAUCACAGUUCCCUCGGGUGCAGUAGGCUGUGUCACAGAGCUUUCUCAGAAGGCCAGUGUUUUCAGCUCUCUGUCCUUAGCUCUAAAUGCCAGCUUGCUUUACUGGUGGUCAAAUGAUGUCUUACAGAAGUCCAAGAUGAAGAUUAACUUCAGUGUUAAAUCUGAGCCUAGUAUGCUUUGUAAAAAGCUGUGUAGACCCCCUGUCACAGCUCUCACAGUUCUGUGAGCUGUUGUGUUAUGGAGGUCCCUUCCCCUACCCUGUACCCCCUGUGAAAUUUUUGAUGAACUACUGUGUGUAAGCAGUACCUGGAAUCAAUGCAAGGAGCACAGGCCUAGGAGGCUGCAGUUGCAGUCUUCUACAAUCUUUAAUUUGAAGUAAAUUUCUCUGAAUUUAUACUUCAGUUACCAGGAUUUCUGUUCAGUGGCAUAGUCAGUUAUCUGUCACUAGCCUGUUUUUUUUAAUGUACACAUAAACAUGUAUAUAGGCCUAUAUGUGUAGAUACCAUAAAUGAAAUUCUAAGGUUAUAGAUAUGACAGUGUGUGGUUUGGUAAGUAAAACUUGUGUGGUCAGUCUUGGUAGUUUGAAUUUCUGCAGUGUUACAGUUUAACUGCUCAGAGGCCUUAGAUUCAAGAUGGCAUCAGUGGGUCAUAAUGUCCUUUCUUGUAGCAUUUCCUUGCAGCCUUAGGAAUCCUUUAAGCAGCUUAUAGUAAAGAAAAAUACCAAGUAAGUAUUCAAAAUCUGGUUGCACUUUUGUCCUGCUCAACUACAAGUAAUCUUAGACAGGCUGGAAUAGGGAUGCCUUCAGUGAGUGCCCAUCAUGUAGGGAGCCAGAAAAUUUUCCUGUUCAUAUCCUGUUUCUGUAAAACAAGUCUGCCUGUCUGUAGUUUGAGGUCUUAUAUUAGUUGGUGACGACUUGGUUUCCAGUGUGUUUCCAAAAUAAGGUAAACCUUGUGUCAGAAACUUUGGCUGUUCUCCUGAGAUGGCUGCUCUGGGCUGUAGACCUUAUUGCUGUGUGUGUGAAUGUCUGCUUGGUUUUUUUUUUCCCCUUAAGUGCUUCAAAAAUCAAGCUCCAGUACACAUGAGGAUUUAUCUUUUUUUGCAGCUGCCUUCUGACUUGAACUGGGGCAUAAUGUAAAUAUUUCUGUAGUAAAUAUGAUGCUAGAGAAUUACUUUUUUUCGGUGUGUGUGAUUAGUAUAAAUUCAAGGUUUAUUGAACUGACUAUUGAUGUGUUGUAUCAAGUCCUGGAAGAAGUAAAAUUACUUGAUUUCACUAAGAUUUACAAGCAUCUUUUCUCUUGUUUAAUGCUGACACUUUAGUGAGAAAUCUUUAUCUGAGUCAAAGUUCUUCAACCAAUAACAGAGCUAUAAUUAAAAGUUGUUCUAAAUUGAGUUUCUAUUUAAAAUAUUGGGAAAUAUAUUAUUAGGGGCAUCAGUCAAGUGUUCUCAGAGCUUGUAGCUUUAUGGAUUGGCAUCAUGGUUAAAAACCAGUGAAAUACAUCCACUUUUUCAUGCAAAUCACUAUAUGGCCAAAAUUGUCCUCAUGUCUUAAUGGGGCUGCUGAAUUGUGGUGUGUGAGUCCAGUUAGCUUUAUAGAAAUAUUUCCGUUACAAUGCUAAGACAGUUAAUACACUCUGAAGAAAUUCAUAUUAGGAAUAAACCUAGGAGUAUUAACCAGCAUAGGUCUUGCUCUUUGUGCCUUGGGAGAGAUGUUUGUCGUGGCAUCAGUGACCCAAGAAGAGAGAAAAAGGUGGAUUAUAAUGUGUGCGUGGCUUCUGCGAGUGAGUUGGACAAUUCCUUCAACUGAGCAGGGGCAGUUCCUGCCAAGAAGCACCCAAGCUUCAGGCAAGACUUUGAAACUCUUUUUCAAAACGAAUCUUAGAGCCUCGACUGUCCCCACCCCUUCUGCUGGAUUGUGCAGGCAGAUAUGUGGGUUUAAAGCUCUGUUACAGAAGACUUUACACUGGACUCUGUGGGAUGGUUGAGGUGCUGUAUGGUUUCCAAGAUGGAUGAGAAAUUCAAAACUACCCUGUGCAACUACUGACAGUGUUUUGUUUUAAAGUCAACUGCUGAUAUUGUGGCACUGUCUACACUAAAAUAUGUUCUUGGCCUUGAAAAUGACGUGCUUAUGCAAAGCUUUGUCACUGCAUGCAAGAUACAGGUCACUGUAUACUUUUCACAGAAGCAUAUGGUCACGUAAUUACAAGCAACUGGUAAUUCAUUAAUGGAUAUUGACAAUACAUUCCUAGUAUUUUGACUCAUGUAGAGUCAGGUGGUCUAUACCUUCAAGGUAUAUACAGCUGAUCUUAGUAACAUUAACAUCUGCCUCACUUCUUACGAGGCAAAAAGCACAUCAAUUCUUCCAUCUUCAACUAGAUUCCACACAGACCAAAAAAAUAGUUGUAAACUGAGUGUUUUAAGUGAGCUGUUUUUUGGCUUUUUUCUGUGUUGGUAGCACAAUAUUAAAUGCAAUUGCAGAACCAUAAUAUUUGUGGGGUUUCUAAGCAUAAAGCACACAUGCUUAUCACUUCAAGCUGAAAAAUAAUAGUAUUGGUUACUGUACUAGUAACAGUUUUGCAUUCAUAGGGAGCUUUGUUUACUGUCUGUAAUGUGCUGUUUAUCUUUGGCCCUGUUCCUCUGAAACCUUGGACCCUGUUGGCUGUUUUAGUGUGAUAGAAAUUAAAAUAUUUGACGAGUUGUUUUCCUUGUCUGGUUCCCAAGUACCACCUGGAGCACCAAUGGAGGGAGGGCUGGGCUGUGUGUGCAGGCAGGAGCUCCUGCAGCAGGUGCUUGGCAGGAUGGACACGGGAGCAGAUCCUGGGGACGUGUCCUCCCCUGUGUCACCAGGAAUGAAGGGUGCCAAGGGACUGCAGCCCCUGUCCAUCCCACCUUGUCUCUGCCACUCACCUGUGAGUCUGUGAAGCAGCUGAUGCUACUUGAGGUGCUCACCUGUGCUCAGUGCUGUGUAGUGAAGACAUGAUGGCCCUUUUCUUAAAGAAUUUACAGUCUAAAUUAGAAAGGCAUAAGGUAGAAACAGAAAGCAGUUGGCCUGUUCCUGCAUGUGGCUUUCCUUGAAUUCUUGAAGCAUGCUCUAGGUUAUUUCCCAUCUCUUCUUCCUUUUCCAGAAGUGGGGUGGUGGUGUAUGUACAGCAGCUAAGCCUUACCCUUUGUGGACUGGCAUCUAAAAUUUUGAAAUAACAAAUACAGGAAAACAGCUAAAUCCUGUUUAACAUAUCCUCUGAUCUUGAAAAUAGCAUUUUUAAAAUCAAGUGAAAUAAUCUAAACAGAGACAGGACAUUAAGGCCACAUAAAUAACCUCUUC